CGCUAAACCAAAAACUUUUGAGAUUUCGACAGUCCUAUCGCAACUCUCCGUUGCAACGCCUAAGUCGCAAGUAUUCCACGUCUAUACAAAGCAUUGUUUCGAAUCAGUCAUUAUUCCGUCUGGCAACUUUGCAACUUUGGUCCAAGUCCGAUACGAGACAUUUCGACACCAUGGGACCACAAAGAGGUGGCAGUGGAGGCGGCUCCCUGACCAAGAGAACCGGCAACAAGCUGUUCAGGCAGUCUCUAUACGUCAAGCAAAAGCAGGAUCGUGAGAAGGAAAAGCGUGAAGCUAGAUUCAGAAGGAAGAAAGAAGAAGAUGCAGACCCCGAGUCUCGGCGCGCGCGACUAGAGAAAAACCAGCCCAUGACAAUUGACCGGAAACGAGUAUGGGAUGAUGUGGACGAUGAUGGGCUGGGUUCGGCCGUCAAUAUGGAACAAUUGUUGAAGCGGAGACGCAUGGAACAGGCUGAAGCUGAGGAGAAAGAGGCUGCUCUGGCUGAACAGGUCGAACAAGGCGGGGACGAUGAAGAAGCGGACUGGAAAGACGACGACAGCAUGCUGGGCUCCGACGAUGACGACGACUCUGACAAUGAAGCUGCUGCUCAGGCGCGCGCAAAACGGGCGAUGCGAGACGAUAGCAUGGCACCGUCCACAACCAGUACAAAUCUCGACCUGACACCAGAGUCGCUCGUUGCCAAGUUCCCGACGUUGUUCUCAGAUGACGCUCCAGCCGAGCCUAAGGUGCUAAUCACCACCUCACUCAAUUCCACGCUCCACGACCAAGCUCAGUUGCUUUGCACGCUAUUUCCCAAUUCAUCCUAUAUCCCUCGAUCCGCGCAUAAAUAUGGCCACAAGUAUUCUGUGCGCGAGAUUGCGAAGUUCGCGGCGAACCGUGAUUACUCUGCGAUCAUGGUCUUGAAAGAGGACCAGAAACGCCCGAUAGGAUUGGAUGUGGUCCAUCUCCCGGCAGGCCCAACCUUUCACUUUUCGAUUUCAAACUGGGUUGAGGGCAAAAAACUGCCGGGACAUGGCAAUCCUACAAACCACUGGCCAGAGCUACUUCUGAAUAAUUUCCAAACGCCUUUGGGCGUGCUCACGGCUCGGCUCUUCCAUUCGCUCUUUCCUAAGUCUCCAGAGUUCCAGGGACGCCAGGUAGUUACGUUACACAACCAGAGAGAUUAUAUAUUUGUCCGGCGGCAUCGUUACGUAUUCAGGGAGAAGCGUGCAACUGAGAAAAGCGUUGUUGGGUCCGAUGGAAAGGAGCUGAAGGGUGUUGAGUCAAUCCGGGCUGGACUGCAGGAGCUGGGCCCUAGAUUUACGUUGAAGUUGAGACGCCUCGACAAAGGUAUUGGCCGGGCUGGCAGUGAAGGGGAUGAUGCUGUGCAAUGGGAGUGGAAGGCCAAAAUGGAGAAGAGUCGCACAAGAUUCAAUCUAUAAGUCUUCUUUGACCUCCAUUCGACCGUACAAUAUGUGGAGAAUAUAACCCUAUAAUGUUCAAGGUUAAUACUCAGGCUUCAUUUUCUCAGACAGCUUCAAUUGGUUCACUGUUAAUGGCAGUGACUCGUUCUCUGAAAA